AUGGCAGCUCUGGGCUAUCUGGCUCUAUGUCUUCUUGUUCUUGCUACUUCUGUCGAAGCUUUUAAUGAAAAUGAAACUCAUCUUCCAUGGCCUCCUACAAUAAUUUCAUGUGAUCCCCAUAAUGAGCUCAACCGUGGUAGUUUUCCACGUGGAUUUGUAUUUGGUGCAUCAUCAUCUUCUUAUCAGUAUGAAGGUGCAUACGAUGAGGGAGGUAAAGGUCCACAUAUAUGGGAUACUUUUACAGAGAAAUAUCCAGGUGCAAUAAUAGAUCAUACUAAUGGAAAAAUAGCCGCUGAUUCUUAUCAUCGCCAUCAGCCAUCAGGUAAAAAAAGGUCACAUCGUUUUUUCUUUGGGAGAAUUAUAUUUGAAUUUCUUGAGGUAGAUGUGGAGGCCAUGAAGUUCAUGGGUUUAGAUGCCUAUAGAUUUCAAAUCGAAUGGUCCAGAAUAUUGCCAAGUAUAGAGCCCUUUGUGAAUCUCUUCCACUUUACUGUUCCCCAACCCUUAGAAGAUGACUAUGGUGGUUUUCGAGAUCGCCAAAUUGUGAAAGAUUUUCAAGAUUUUGCAGAGGUUUGCUUUAAGGAAUUUGGUCCGUUGGUGAAACAUUGGACCACAUUUAAUGCGCCAAAAAUGUUCAGCGAGAUGGGGUAUGCCAGAGGUACUUGGGCACCGGGCAGAUGUUCUGGUUGCAUCGAUGGCGGAAACUCGGGCGCUGAGCCAUAUUUGGUCACACACCACGUACUCCUUGCUCAUGCAGCUGUAGUCAAAUUGUACAGGGAACAAAAUUUCCAGCAAGAGCAAAAGGGGGAGAUCGGAAUUAUACUUGAUUCAUCUUGGAUGGUACCUUACUCCAGUAGUGAGCCAGACAACGUAGCUGCAUCUCGAGCCCUCGAUUUCGCAUACGGAUGGUUUAUGGACCCAUUGACAUAUGGACACUAUCCUGAAAGCAUGCAAGUUCUUGUAGGAGAAAGACUACCCAAAUUCUCACAAAACGAAUCCCACAUGAUAAUUGGGUCAUUUGAUUUUAUAGGAAUAAACUAUUUUACUACUAAAUAUGCAAAGGAUGCUAAUGUUACUAUGCCUCCAAAUUACGUUACAGAUUCCCGAGUUAAUCUUUCAUAUGUGCGAAAUGGGGUUCCCAUUGGUUCGCCGUUUGGUACACCACCGCUCUGCGCCGUUUAUCCGCCGGGGAUUUUUUAUCUUCUAAACUACACAAAGGAAAACUAUGAAAAUCCUCCUAUCUACAUUACCGGGAAUGGAGUUGGGGCUAAGUUUAAUGAGUCAACGACGUUUUUGGAUGCCAUCACCGACAAGGAGAGGGUAGAUUACCACCAUGACCAUCUUUGUUUCGUUCGGCUAGCAAUGAAUCCUCGCAAGCAUGGUGUCAAAGUUAAAGGAUACUUUGUGUGGACAUUGCUGGAUGCAUUUGAAUGGGACUUGGGUUUCACUGCACGAUUUGGAACACACUACGUGGAUUAUGAAGAUCGCUCAUUGACAAGAUAUCCCAAACUCUCAGCCAUAUGGUUUAAGAAAUUUCUACAAAGAAGUGGAAUGGUGUUACCGCCACCACCACUGCCACCGCCACCGCCACCGCCACUCCCGAAAGAUAUAAGCUCGAAGAAUGAAGAGCUCUAG